AUGGCAUUGAAAUGGGUGGUCUGGCUUCUUCUCCUUCCCCUCGAGGAAUACGCCCGUCGAACGUACAUCUCCGAGAAUGCGCUCUUGCCUGGCCAGGUCCAUGCGUACUUCGCAGGCAGCGAACAGAAUAUCUUCCGCGGGUAUAAAAGGGAACUCGAAAGUUUGUUGGAUUCUGGGAACCAGGAAGGUCAGGAGACGAAGGAUAGUGAAUUGACACCAGUAAUCUCGGAUCAGAUACAGUCGAUGUUGCGAGAGGCCGGGUUGAAAGUUGCGACGCAGAAGUACGAGUACACUUCUUCUGGUAUCACGCAUGAGGGACAGAAUGUCUACGCUAUCAUCCAUGCGCCGCGGGGCGACGCGACAGAGGCGAUUGUACUGGUGGCUGCUUGGAAGACUGCUGAUGGAGAGUUGAACCUGAAUGGAGUCAGCCUUGCUCUGACGCUGGCAAGAUACUUUAAACGUUGGUCUCUGUGGUCCAAAGAUAUCAUCUUUUUGUUUCCACCAGACAGCAAAUCCGGAACACAGGCGUGGAUCGAUGCGUAUCACGACAUGCAAACGUCCUCAGUCCAGCCUCUGCCACUGAAGAGCGGUGCCCUACAGGGAGGACUCGUUAUAGAAUACCCCUUCGACCAUCGAUUCGAGUCUUUACAUAUCGUCUACGAUGGUGUCAACGGGCAACUGCCCAAUUUGGAUUUAUUCAACACAGCGAUUUCGAUCGCCGGGGGGCAGAUGGGAAUUGGAACCAGCCUGCAGGAAAUGUGGGAGCAUGACGAUAGCUAUCAAAAGCGGCUGCAGACAAUCAUCAGGGGUAUGGUCAAGCAGGGCCUCGGACACGCUACUGGGGCACAUAGUAGCUUCAUGCCGUACCACAUUGAUGCAAUCACUCUGCAAACGAAGGGAGAUGGCUGGCAAGACGAGAUGGCUCUGGGCCGAACUGUGGAGAGUCUCUGUCGCAGUCUUAACAACCUGCUCGAACACCUUCACCAGAGUUUCUUCUUCUAUUUGCUGAUGCAUACCAAUCGCUUCGUCAGUAUAGGUACUUACCUUCCAAGUGCGAUGCUGAUUGCUGGAAACUUCACCAUCAUGGCGAUUGCUUUGUGGAUGCGUACGGGCUAUUAUAUGCACGCUCAGGCGACCUCUACCACGAAAGGAGAAGGUCACCAGGAUAAGACGAUUCUGGUCGAUCAACCAACAAGUGCGGAGAUAAAUGGCGAUAUGAAAGACGCAAAUCCCAAGGAACUACCAAGUCCUGGCAGUGUCCUGGAGCGACAGUUAGCGCUCCCGCUCACCCUAGUUAUCGGGCUACACCUGCUCGGCCUGGUCCCGCUUUUCAUCUUCAAUAACAUUCAUCACAAGUUCGCAAAGACUUCUAACAACCAACAGUACUAUACGACCGCGACCUACACUUGCCUUGGAGCCGGGGUCAUCCUCCCCCUCAUCAUGUCAGCCCUCUUGAACCGUGGGUUCUCUUCUCCUCCGACAAUUCAGCAAUAUCUCUUGACUAAAUCCUUCUCCCUCCUUCUCCUCGGCCUGUUCCUCUCUACCCUUGCCACUUUGAACUUCUCUCUCUCUUUCAUGGUUGGCCUACUCUGCGCACCACUUACUUUCGUCAAGCGCAUCAAUCCCCAGACGAAAGCCGCUCUGCGGUACCCCGUCGCGAUACUUGGUUUGCUAGCCUUGAAUGUCCUUUCUCCUCCUGCGGUUCUCAUUGGGGCAUGUUGGUACGCAGGCAUGUCCGUUGAGUCAGUUCUGACUCAAGCAGCAUUCGGAUGGAAUGUCUGGGGUAUGUGGACACAGGUGGUCGUGUGGUGUGUCUGGUGGCCUGCUUGGGUGGUUGGAUGUGUCUUACUAGGAUCGUCUCUUCUUUGA